CCCUCCUCCAUCUCGCGCUAAACGGAGCAACCCGAAGCUUUAAAUUUCUCAUUGCCACCUGUAGAGAGAAGUAUACCACUUUACCAGUUACUGGAGUCAACGCAGUUUUGAUUUUUACAACUUUAAACCUUCAGGAAACUCGCUCUCUUGGAUAAGUGCUUCAUGCGCUCCCGCAGGCUUUACAAGGUGUGUGUGACCUCUCUUUGGUGACCUCUGGAUCCCCUCCCUUCCUUGAGGCCAUAUUGUGACACAUGGCGCUGAAGAAGCUUAUGCGUUUCGGAAAGCAGUUGCUGAGGGUAAAGGUGGUGAACUGUAACACAGAGGAUUCCCGUCUAUCUCGUUGUCUCAACACUUUUGACCUGGUGGCCCUGGGCGUGGGCAGCACACUAGGUGCUGGCGUUUACGUGUUAGCUGGUGCGGUUGCAAAAGAGAAUUCAGGUCCUGCUAUUGUGCUGUCUUUCCUGAUAGCAGCCUUAGCUUCAGUGUUGGCUGGUCUGUGCUAUGCUGAGUUUGGUGCUCGUGUUCCCAAAACAGGCUCAGCUUAUCUUUACUCCUAUGUGACUGUAGGGGAGCUGUGGGCCUUUAUCACUGGAUGGAACCUCAUCCUCUCCUAUAUUAUUGGUACUUCCAGUGUGGCCCGUGCAUGGAGUGCAACCUUUGAUGAGUUGAUAGGAAAGCACAUAGAGCACUUCUGCAGAGAAUACAUGUCUAUGAAUGCACCUGGUGUGCUGGCAGAGUAUCCUGACAUGUUUGCUGUUAUCAUCAUAAUCACACUUACAGGUCUGCUGGUAACUGGGGUCAAAGAGUCAGCAAUGGUGAACAAGGUUUUUACAUGUGUCAACAUCCUAGUCUUGUUGUUCAUGGUGAUCUCUGGCCUGGUCAAAGGCACUCUGAAGAACUGGCAGAUAGACCCUGAAGAGAUCCUACAUGCCAAUUAUACCAGCAACUCCAGUGUCAAUUUGACAGACAUUGUCCCAACUAGAGAAAGUUUAGGAGUGGGUGGCUUCAUGCCGUUUGGCUUCACAGGCGUCCUGUCUGGAGCUGCUACCUGUUUCUACGCUUUUGUCGGGUUUGACUGCAUUGCCACCACAGGUGAAGAGGUGAAGAACCCCCAGAGGGCCAUCCCUAUCGGCAUUGUAUCCUCUCUGCUCAUCUGCUUCACGGCAUACUUCUGUGUUUCUGCUGCUCUCACCCUCAUGAUGCCAUACUACCUGCUGGACAGCAAAAGCGCCCUACCUGUAGCUUUUAAAUAUGUGGGCUGGGAAGGAGCCAAAUACGCUGUAGCUGUAGGCUCUCUGUGUGCUCUGUCUACUAGCCUGCUGGGUGCUAUGUUCCCUAUACCCCGUGUGCUCUGGGCUAUGGCCAGUGAUGGGCUGCUUUUCAAGUUCAUGGCUGAGAUCAGUCCCCGCACCAAAAUCCCGCUCAAUGCAACCCUCACCUCUGGCAUAGGGGCAGCAAUCAUGGCUUUUCUGUUUGACCUGAAGGACCUGGUGGACCUGAUGUCAAUAGGGACGCUUCUGGCCUAUACAUUAGUGGCUGCCUGUGUUCUCGUGCUCAGGUACCAGCCGGAGCAUCCCAGUAUGGUAUAUGAGAUGGCCAGUACCCAGGAGGAGGUAGAGGAUGGCAUCAGUAUCCCCACUGUGGGCAUCCUGCCCGGUGUAGAGGAAAGGUUUAGUUUCAAGACCCUGCUAUUCCCACACAACACUGAGCCAUCUACACUGUCAGGCUCAACUGUCAAGAUCUCUGCCUGUGCACUGGGAAUGUUGGUCUUGACGUUCAGCGUGUUGGCAGUACACGGAGGUGCUGCGAUGUGGAACAUCGUAGCCCUUGGCGUCAUCUUUAUGGUGUGUCUCCUUUUCACUUUUAUUGUCUGGAGACAGCCUGAGAGCAAGACGAAACUCUCUUUCAAGGUUCCUCUGCUGCCCUUCAUUCCAGUAAUCAGUGUGUUUGUCAAUGUCUACCUGAUGAUGCAGUUGGACAGAGGGACUUGGAUGCGAUUUUCAGUUUGGAUGGUCAUAGGUUUAGCGAUCUACUUCUGCUAUGGAAUUCAUCACAGCAUCGAGGCAACCAUGGUCCACUCAGCUGCAGACACAGAGAUGAAUGGCUUCAAGCAUGAGCAUGAAUCAGAGGCAGUGUCACAAGAAAAAGAGGCCUUCAUUCAAAAUGGAAUCCAUGUUAGGGAAGAGGAUGAUAGAGAUUUUUAGGAAAGUAUUAGAAGAUGCUGCAUACAUUUCAACCUACCAGUCUGUUUAUGUAAGAAUUCUUCUGACAGGACAACUCCCAGUCCCACACUGGCAAUACGGAUAAAUACCACUGACCUAACAUACACAGAUCUCAGACUUUCCCUUUGACUGCUGUAUAGGACAAAGACAACUGGUGGUAAUAUUUAUGCAUAAAGAGAACUUCUAAAGCCAUAAUUGGCAUGUUAGUCCAAUACUUUGUAAUUAGCUUGUUACGUGUGGCCUUGAGGUUCAGCUGCUUGUUACUGCUUUGCUGUCUGAUGUCGGCGGGCUCAUGUUGGGGACAAAACAUGGAUGAAACAUCGCAGUGUUUAGGGAUGUUCAGAGAUAAUGGGACAGCAUAACUGUUUCUCUUCAUGUUGGUUUGCAGUUGCUUCUUUGGAGAGUGCCUGGGUUGCAUUAGUGGCAGUAGGACUGUUUGCUCAUGUGGUCAGAGCUGCCAUCUAGGGGCCAUAAAAUUCUGUAGUAAUAUACUUUUUCUUUUUGUUAAACCAUUAUAGCUACUCUCUAUAUCUGCAUCAUUAUGAAAAUCAGAUAACACAUCAGUAUUAAAAACAAAUUGGUACCAAUAACUAUAUUCUCUUAAACCUACCAGCUCCUAUGUUACUGAUAUAAUUUCCCUUGUUUUCCCAAUCUUAAAUCACACUGAUAAUGUCUGAGGUCCUGCUUGCAACAGGGAAAGACUGGCUUCACAUUGUGACAGAGAAAGUGCAUAGGCCUAAAGCCUAAUUCUAAAUUGCCAAAUCAUAUGACUUUGUUAACAGCUGCUUGAUUUUACCUGAUUAUCAUCUACACAAUAAUAAUGGCAGCUGUAAAAAUACAUUCUCUUAUCCCUGCUCUUAAGAUGCUAACAGUUGCUGAAUGUGAGUUAAUGUCAUGUAACAUUCGAUCAUAGUGGAUUUUCACAGUGCUGGCUGCUGUGUGUUUCCUAUAGCUUCUAACAUUUAAUUUCUCUUCUCAAAAAGUAAUACAGGCUGUUUUUACUUAAUUAGUUCAAUUUGGAUGAAAGCAUUUGUUCUCAAUUUAAUUUACAGUGUUUUUCAUGUUUGUUAAUGUCUUUUUACUUCUGCUACUCGCUUCCCAAAAUGUGAUCAUUUCCAAUGUGUUUUUCAGACUAAAAGCCUACAAAGAAUCUGGUCAGGUAGAAUUUAGCCACACUUACAUUUGUUAAUAUCCAUCUAUUUUAUUUGUUGUUAUUAAGAUAUUGUAGAUAAGAUAAUAUAUUAUACUUUUUAGUAUGUUUUGUUUGUUCAUAAACUUAAAGGAGUACUCCACUGAAUAAGCAUUGCACUCCUAUAACAUUGUCAGAGUCAUUAUGGACAUUAUGUAUAUUUCUUGCAGUAAAUUGUAAAUUGGAGAAAAACUUUUUAUUUUUAUUUUGAAAGCCUAACAUUUAUGCAUAUGUUAGAGUGUCUGUCUUUAGGUUCUUCUUCCUACUGCUUUGUGUCUAACAUUGUGUUACUUAUAUUGUGUUUACAUAAUUGGUGCAAGUAAAACUGCCUUUACCUUC